AUGGCACGAGGAAUGAUGAAGAUGUGGACGCUAUUAUUGACGUUUCUACUUGUGAUCCAGUGGUCAAACGUCGAUGUUGAAGCCAAGAAGAGUCGUAAGCAUACGAAGGCGAUACUUAGCGGCAGUGAAAAGCUCGUGCAAUUGCAAGAUCAUGUGAUCAAUGGGGUCGUGCCUUUUACGAACGAACUCUUUACGCUUUACGCUGUUCGUCCUGAACGGCCGUAUCAUUUAGUACUGUUGAUCACAGCUACAGCUUCUAAUUUCAACUGUGACAUGUGCCAGAAAGUGGCGCCAGAAUUUGAGCUCUUGGCCAAGAGCUACAAAGCGAAGGAUGACACCGACGUGGCCGUUUUUUUUGCCGUUGUCGACUUUGAUACAAAUCGAGAGGUAUUUGGGCGUUAUGAUUUGACGUCCGCACCUCAUGUUUUUUACUUGGAACCCAACAAUUCCAUUGAUAUUGGCGACAAGAUUCCUCUGAAAAGUACAAUUGAACCACAGAAUAUCUACAAUAUCUUUUCCCAAGGCAUUACAGCCGAAUCGAUGGCCCAAUUUGUCCAAGAACAGACAGGCUAUGAGAUCAAGAUCCAACGGUCGAAAACGACUCUCUACAUGCUGCUUCUAGUAGCACUUGUGGUAGUAGUCUUGCUGGCGAAAUUGGUGUUGAACCAUCUGGACUUUGUACUGGCCAAAUUACGCCGGAAACAGCUCUGGAUGACCGUCUCGUUGCUGUUCUAUGGUCUGUCAGUGUCGGGGAUGGUCUUUUGUAUCAUUCGCAAUCCACCGCCAUUCAGUGUCGACCGCAAGGGAAAUGUCCAGUACUUUCAUCCACAAGGCAGACAGCAGUUUGUCUACGAAGGACUUAUCAUUGGUGGGUUUAACAUUGCUGCAGCUGUCUUCAUGAUCUUGCUGUCCAAAUGGGCCGUGUACGUCCGCAACCCGAUCGUCCGUUAUCUUGCCAUUGUUUGCUGUGCACUGGGCUUUGUGUUCAUGUAUCGCCAGAUGACAAACGCGUACAAAUUCAAGAAUCGCUGGUACACUGGCUUUUUGGGCUUUUAG